AUAAAAAAAUCGCAAAAAAUAAGUAGAAAAGAACGAACAUGUGAUGUUACCGCUAUAUCGUUGCCAGUGCUAUGUAUAGAAGUUUUCAUAUUUGAACCGCUACUGAAGCGAAGCAGAAAGGAGCCAACAUAACAGUACCACGUAACGGCUGUUCGUAUGCUCCAUUUAUAGUUCUAUGUACAUAUUUAAGAGGAACAGCCCGUUCAUUUUCUUCCCUUUUACGCAGUUUAACAAGAAUGGCGACAGUCAGUGGGUCAGAAACGUUUUUGCCUCUUGCCCUCAUGGAUAAGUGCAUAGGCAGCAAAAUAUGGGUGAUGCUGAAGGGUGACAAAGAAAUAGUUGGAAAGCUCGUCGGAUUUGAUGAAUACGUGAAUAUGGUACUAGAAGAUGUCACGGAAUACACUUACGUGAACAACGUUAAAAAGGUGAAUAAAAUAAAAAAGUUGCUGCUGAACGGUUUGAACAUAACAAUAAUGGUCCCAGGAGGUGUCCCGGUUAAUUACUACGAUUAUGAAGAAAAGCUGGAGGAAAACAUCGCAUGAUGGUAUUUUAUUUUAUUUUUUUUUGCGCAUGUCAAGUGGGAUAAUACGCUCCUUUUUCCUUUUUCCUUUUUUCUUUUUUUCUUCUUUUCAAAUUUGUGUCUUUCUCAAAGUGAAGAGUCGCUUUUCACGUUUUUGCAAAUACCUGCCCGCGCGAUAGGUGACACCCGCGAGCGUGUAUGUAUAAAUGUGCACACCUGUGAAUGAGAACAUUCGAACUGGUGGCGCAUUGUUCCCCCGCAGUGAUACCACAUUUUUUAAAAUAUAUCGUAUACAAAAAAAAAAGAUCAUUUGGGGGAAAAUGCAUUUUAUGCGUGUGGCAAAAAGGGGGUGGAAGGAGGGUCCGCAAUGUGUUGACGUAACUGGUACGAAUAGCCCCCCCUUUUAGGUGCAUCUCU